AUGGAUACUGAUAGUAUAAAUAGUAAUAGUGUAGAAUUGGAAAUAACAAGUUUAGAAGGUGUAAGUUUAAGAAGAAAGUUUUUUUUUUAUUUUUUCCUCUCGGUAGUUUUUGUUUUCUUUUUCAUUAUUAAUUUUCUACCAUACAAUGAUCCUGAUAAUAUUAAUUUUUAUAAUCUAUCACUAAUUAAUUCUUAUUAUCAUGGUACAUAUUCCAUUUGUCUCAACACUUCUAAUACUACUACUAAGGAUACUACUAUGAAUACUAACAAUACUAAUAGUACUGUGGAUACUACUAUGAAUACUAACAAUACUAAUAGUACUGUGGAUACUACUAAGAAUACUACUGGUACUAAUACUGGUGCCGUUGGACCAAGCACCGUUACUAAGGAUACAAAAGAAUGUAUAGAUGGUUUAAUGGAUAUGAUAAUAUUAUUGAAAGAUGUAAAUUUGGAUGGUUUUUAUAGAAUAUAUGUUGGUUUAUUAUUUGAAACUGAUUAUCAAGGUAAAUGGUAUCAAUUUUGGAAAAAUAAACAUUUCUUCUCCUCUAGGCAUAAAAAUUCCAAUAUCAUCAUCUCAUUAUCAAAUUUAAUAUAUAUCGCACCAAAUACUUUAAAUAGUAGUCUAAAUAAUAUUUAUUUCAAUGAUUUUAUACCAAAUUUUAUUAAUACAAAUUCAAUUAAGGGGAAUCUAAUUAAUAAGGGGAAUCCAAUUAACAAGGUAAAUCUAAUUAAGAAUGAUGGAAUAUCAAUAAUAAAUAAUGGUAAAUUAAUAAAUAGUAUAAGAUUAAAUACUUGGAAUGAAUUUUCACAUUUAGGUAAUAUACAUAAUUUUAAUCUUAUAAUAAGAUUAUUCAAUAGUAUGAGUAUGAGUAAUGGUAUGGGAACUAGUGAUAAGAGUACUAGUGGUAUGGAUAAUCCUAUGACUAAUCCCACAGUUAGUACUAUGGAUAGUACUAUGGAUAGUAUGGAUAAUAUGGAUAGAAAAAUAUCGAGUAGAGAUUUGGAUGAAUUUUAUUUAAUAAAUAUGAGGAAAUAUGUACAAAAUGAAUAUGAACAUAUUGCAAAUUUUGAUAUAUCACUUUAUAAUCCAUUUUCUAUCUUCUCAACACAUAAUUUCUUCAAUACCAAAACUACUAUUGAUGAUAAUAUUGAUGAUAUUAAUUAUCUACUCAAUAAUAAUAAUACAGAAGUGAAUAAUGUUGAAGUUAAGAUUAUAGAUAAUAUUAAUGGUAAUAAUAAUAUAUUAAUAGAUUAUUUUAAUCCUAUACAAUUAUUACAUACUAAUACCCAUUCCAAACAACCACCCGAUAGUCAACAUACAUCACUGGAUAAUGAACAUACAUCUAUGAAUAAUCAACUUAAAUCUCCUGAUAAUCAACUUAAAUCUCCUGAUAAUCAACUUAAAUCUCCUGAUAAUCAACAUACAUCUAUGAAUAAUCAAUAUACUACACGGAAUUAUGAAAAAAUAGAAGGAGAAUUAUAUAGUAAUGAUGUGGAUAUAAGAAUAAAAAUGAAAUGUAUAGAGAAAGAUAUGAGUAUAUUAUCACGUGGUAUAAAUAUAAUAUAUAUAUUAUAUAUAAUAAAGAGUUUAAUAGAAGUAUUAUUAUAUAAUAAACAAUUUAAAGCUAUAAAUUCACAAUCAGAAUAUAAUCGAAUAAGUAUUAUGACAAUUAGUUUAAUGACAUUUCAAGAAGUUUUUGAAAUUUUCUUACUCUUGUUUCAUUCAAAUAUUUUCUUUUCCAAUUUAAUUUAUUUUACUCUUGUGCUUUUUUUAAAAUUCUUUCUACUUACUGUUAUACAACAUAGUUUUAUUAUUCUUAUUUGGCGUUCUAGUCAUUCUUAUCAAAUUAGACAAGGAUGGAAUACAUUACAAAAAUCUUUUAAUGUCUGGAAUGGACAGAAAAAUUCUUUAAACUAUUUCUUCAUAUUGGUAAUGAUUGUAUUGAAAAUGUUAGUACCAUUUUAUAUCUUCUAUUUCAAAGAUAAUGUCUUUAAUUUUGAUCGAUUUGAUGGUGACAAUAUUAAUACAAAUGCUACACUUGUAUAUAUAAUAUUAUUAUUAUCUUUAUUACAAAUUGUUAUAAUUUUAAUACAAAGGUUAUAUGGUGCCAGAUAUUUAUUCAAUUGGCCAAUAUUACCUAAAAUUUAUUCUUACAUGAGACCAUGGACUAAAAUCAUGCAAGAUGAUUUACAACAAUGUAAUAUUUGUAUGUAUCAAAUUUUAUAUUCCAAUAAGUAA